AUGUCUUCAAGAAUCUUUGGCUUUCUUGAUAUCCAAAACCAUACAAGUGCAUUCAUGAUCAAGGAGGUGAAUUGUCACAAUUUUCAAUUGAAACUACAACAGUGGGGAAUUUGCAAUGCAUUGGCGACAAGCAAGAAUCCAAGUGCCAAUGCUAUGUGUGAACGAAUGCAUCACACUGUUGGCAACAUCCUACAAACAAGAUUCAACAACAACAACAACAACAACAUGGCUCCCAACAUUCAGACAACUACUCAAGCCGUCGAUUAUGCUCUCACUGCAUGCAAUCAUGCCAUGAGAUGUUCUGUUUCUCAAUCUUUGAAAAACAACACUCCAGGUGAAGUUGUAUUUGCUCAUGACAUGUUCCUCAACAUUCCUGUGAUUGUCAAUCUUUUGAGUAUACAGGAGAAACGACAAGCUUUGAGCAUAGAGGGGAAUAGUGAAACGGCCGAUAGAACAGGCCCAAGGUAUUUGAACUCUAGGAGCUCCUUCGGUUGGGUACAGAACUAG